AUGGCCAUCGCCACUCCCCAAUGGAAACCCCAAGUCCUUCAAAAACGUCGAACCCAACACGAUCUAAUUCCAUCUUCCUGGCACCUUUCAGAAACCGCCCUCACCACUGCACCCCUAUCAAGCAUAGAAACUAUUCGCACCAGCAACAUCCUCACCAAGGACGAGUUAGCAUGGACUGAAACAACCGAUAUCCGGCACUUAGUCACCCUCAUCGCAACACGCCAGGUCACAAGCGAGCAACUUACUACUGCAUUUUGCAAACGGGCAGCUGUUGCGCAACAACUCACUAAAUGUCUUACUGAAAUCAUUUUUGAUAAAGCGUUGGCCAGAGCGAAGCAGCUUGAUGAGCAUCUUGCUAGAACAGGGGCUGUGGUUGGACCGUUGCAUGGGGUGCCGGUUUCGGUUAAGGACCGAUUUGAUGUUGAGGGGGUCGAUACUACUGUUGGUGGUAGCUCUGGAGGCGAAGGGGCCCUCGUUGGCUCUGGAGGUAGCAUCCUCGGUAUUGGCACAGAUAUCGGGGGUUCGAUCCGUGUUCCCUCGGGUCUACAGGGUUUAUACUCGAUUUCCCCGACGACGGGGCGAGUUCCAUGGGAUUGUUCCUUUCUACACCAACACUACCUCGUCCCACCGGUAGCAGGCCCUAUGGCAAGUUCCCUUGCAACAGCAGAAUACUUCAUGGAAAGACUACUAGCCUCAGCCCCAUGGAAUGUCGACCCUCACGCAACUCCUAUUCCAUGGAGAACAGAGCUGGCAACUCCGCCGACAGACCGUAAGCUUCGCCUGGGAGUUGUCUUCGACGAUGGAAUUGUCAAGCCUCAGCCUCCAGUUGCACGGGCAAUGCGUGAGACUGUGCAGGCUUUGAGAGCAGCGGGACAUGAAGUAAUCGAAUGGGAUACCUCGCUGCAUGUCCCGGCAACGGAGAUGUGGAAUAAGGCAAUCCUUGGAGACGGCGGAUCUCACUGUCGCAAGUUGUGCGAGAUCAUUGACGAGCCGCUUAUUGAAGGCAUGGUGGUUGGAACAGAGAAAGAUAUGUUGUCGCUCGAUGAGCGAGAGAAAGUAAGGACAACCACCAUCUAA